CUUCAGUUUUACUCGUUCUCUUGUCUUUGACAAAAUCGUUCGUUCCUUUUUUCCAUAAAAAAUGAAGCAUCGAUUGGAACGUGAAUUCAUAUUUCUCAUUUUAUUCGUUACAACGAGUUACCACAUCGGGAGCGCUCACAUCGAUACACCCGAGGAUAUAAUUAAACGUGAGAAUUAUCCAGUAGAAACUCAUGCAGUUGAAACCGAGGAUGGAUAUAUCUUGAGCGUGCCAAGGCUGCCUAAUCCCUCUGGCUUUCCUGUGUUUCUUCAACAUGGCUUACUGUGUAGCGCAGGUGAUUGGGUUGUCAAUGGAAAAAAUCGAUCUUUAGCCUUUCUUCUCUGGGACGCCGGCUAUGACGUUUGGCUCGGAAACGUUCGAGGCAACACAUACUCAAAAAAGCACAAAACUUUAUCGGUUGACGAGGCCGCAUUUUGGGACUUUAGCUGGCACGACAUUGGCUACCACGAUGUACCAUCAGUUGUUGAAUAUAUUGUGAACACAACUGGCAAGGAUGAACUUUUUUACGUCGGUAUAUCAAUGGGUGGUGCUUACUUUUCUGUAAUGUCAACUGAGAGACCCGAAGUGGCCAGGCAUUUGAAAGCAGCAGUACUUCUCGUACCAGCGGUGUAUGAUCGUCAUGUGAGAUAUAACAUCUUAAGAACGAUGUCAAAAAAUUGGAGACAAGUUCAGAUACUUUUUGAAACUUUUAAUAUUCAUGAGGUUUUUGGACGUAAUUCAUUGACUAAUCAAGUAUCUGAUAAAUUUUGUCGCGUAGCUUACGUGGGGCAAUGGUUGUGUCGAAAAUUUAUAUUUAAUAUUCUCCGUGAGGAUCCAAAGCAAAUCGAUAGUAAUAAAAUACCAGAGUUUCUAAACUCGUUUCCGGCUGGAACAUCUGCAAAAAUGCUCAUUCACUGGUUUCAAAUGAUCGAUAACAAAGAUUUUCAACACUUUGAUUAUGGCAAAGAGAAAAAUUUAAUUAUGUACAAUAGCACAGAACCCCCCAAGUACAAUCUUUCAAAAAUUCAACCCCCCGUAGCAGUUUUUCAUUCGAAACAUGAUGAUGUGGUGCAACCGAAAGACGUAUUAAGAUUUUAUAAUCAGGUACCUAAUAAAUUGGGUGAAUACGAUGUUGGACAUUCUUUUACUCAUUUUGAUUUUCAAAUCGGAAUCAAUGCUACUGAAUUUGUUUAUAACAAAAUUUUAGAUAUCUUUGAAAAACUGAAUCAAGAUCAUGCAGAAAAUAGUUAGAAAUGUAUGGCAACCCAAAACUCUUAAUUUACUAUCAAAAUUGAUAUUAUAGACGUGUAAAUAAAACAUAGCUUUCGAAAAUGAAUUCGAAGCUGCCUAUAUCUUAAAAAGUUUAAAGUAGAAUAAUAGUUGAUUAAAAAACCUUUUACCCUGUGACCGGAAAUAUAUCAGAUAUAUUACCCGACACAACUACACCUCCGAUACGCAUCUGGCUCGAGAGAUCGCGACUAACUUACACACAUUAACACACACAUAAGACUCAAGAGAUCAGCAUGGCAUAGCCAAGACACAGUGGCAGGUCGAUACGUCGAUACUUCUAAUUUAUCGAUAACGACACAUGCGCACUAGCGUAAUUCGCAAGGAGCAGAACACGUUCAAAAUCGUGCCUUUGGAAAGAUCUCCAACUCAACGCUCAAGGUGUCGCUCGCCAUCCUGCCACCAUGCCAACCAAUAUCGGGUGGACCUGGAACCGUCGUCGCCGAAGAGGCAGGCCAGCGAUAAUUUAAGUACACGAAACACCUUAACUAUCUCUCGAGCCAUAUCGGUAUUCGCGUAGUAAAUUCUUUUCUUAUUCAAUCGGAUUCUUUCGCCAUCGUUGAGUCUGCAUGCACUACAUGCAGUGAUGCCCCGAGCAUCUUGUACAUUGAUUUAUUUUUGGAUUAUACAAUAUACAUUUUAUAAUUAUUCCUUUAUUGAUUGAUUGUGUCAUAAUUUAUCAUUUCGUUUACCCAACUAAAAUCCCUCACAACCCUUAAUUUUUUCCACUCUUCACUUCAUUAACUUUAGCUCUUUACUUCGUCGCUAUUUUCGGUAAAAACUCCUGUUUCUGAUUUGGAUACAAUAACGAAUUCUAAGGCAAAAAUUUAAGUAACAAUAGGAUUUGUAUUUAUUAUCAUAACAAUUAAAUCGAUUAUUUCAAUUAUGCCGAUUUUUAACGUAUCAAGAAUCUAGAGUCAUCAGUAAUCAUCAGAGUAAUUGAAUGUUUAUCAAUAACUCACUUUCAUUCAUUUCCUUUCUCAAUAAUUUCAAUGUUUCAAAACCAGCUGGGCCAGAUGAGAAUGUAAUUGCUGAUGAUGAGGUAGCUGUUUUUCACUUCACAUCAGUUGAUCAAGUUAAUUUA